GCGGGAAAAGGAAAAGAAGCGGCGUGGACGCGCACGGCGGGGCGCGCACUAGAGUUGUUGUUGGUGUGCGGAAGAUGGCGACACGUGCUGGGAAGAAGAGGAAGAGAGAGACGGAGGAGGAGAAGAAGGGAGAGGAGAAGACCACCGGACCCCGGAUCACCAUAGAGCACUGCACCAGCUGACGGGUGUACGGACGAGCAGCGAAUGAGCUGAAGAGCGCCGUUCUGUCCGAUUUUCCAGACAUUUGCUUUGAGAUGAACCCGGCCAAACCGCGAAGAGGAAGCUUCGAGGUGACGCUGCACCAUGGGGGCGCUGAGGGAGUGGAAAUCUGGACGGGGAUUAAGAAGGGUCCACCCCGAAAACUGAAGUUCCCCGACCCCCAGGAGAUCGUCUCCUCGGUGAAGAAGGCUUUACAGUAAUUACUCUUCAGAGUUCCUCCUGGGCCCGGCACUAAUGAUGGGAUGUAGCCAAUGGGGAAUCGCCAGCUACAUCGCUGAGAAUUGGCCGACUAAGGAGGAGUGCUCUGGAGGGGACACUGAGGAGCGUUUUUAUGGAUGUUUGAAAAUAAAAGUUUCUGUAUAA